GCAAUAUAUUGCUUUAUAGUGCUCUUCACUUUGGUUUAAUUUAAAGAAAAUGUGCUCUAAGGCGUUCCUUCUCUUGGGUCUUUUUGCGGCUACAUUACUUCUCAUCUCUUCGGCGGUGGUAGCUAGAGACUUGGCUCAGACUUCUACCGAGAAGCAAAAUGCCAAGGAAUCAACAAGGACAAAUGGAGUAGAUAAAGCCAAGUAUGGUGAUAACGGAAGAUACGAGCCACAAUGUGUAUUCCCAUUGUACCCACCGCCCGUGCCACCUCCCCCGCCACCUUGUAAUAUUCCAAUUUCCCCACCACCAUGUAAUAUUCCAAUUUCCCCACCACCAUGUGGAUACUGUAGAGCUCCAGCUGGUGGAUUGGUCCCACCAGGUGCCGGCGGAUUGGUCCCACCAGGUGCCGGUGGAUUGGUCCCACCAGGUGCCGGCGGAUUGGUCCCACCAGGUGCCGGUGGAUUGGUCCCACCAGGUGCCGGUGGAUUGGUCCCACCAGGCGCCAGCCAGGCGGUGGAGCCCCGGGAAUAGGUUAAUAUGGGGCUUCAAGGUUAUUUAAGUCUCGGAACUUGUUAAUUAGAAGGCUGGGCUGUUGAUUGCUACUGCGUGAUUAAGACAAGCAUUAAACUAAAGCACCUCAUAUUAAUCUUGGAAUUUAAAUAAAUAAACGAUAUGAUUGGAUGCAUGUCUAUUUCCUCAAUUACUCCUGCUGUCUUCCCAAGUUUGAAAUCUAUGAUGUAAUAAAAUUUUCUUAUAUGGAUGAAUCUAUUUUAAAA